AUGAGAUUCACCCUUUCGUCAAGUCUAUCUAUACUGCAUUAUUCGAUCAUCGUGUUGCUUUACAAAUUCCUUGAAUGUCAAGAUAUCUGUAAAGAACGUGAAUUGUUGGACUAUCACGAAAUAAUUUUUGAAAACGAUUCAUAUCAUUAUUCUCUUCAUUACCAAUAUUCACUAAGGAUCCGACUAGAUCAGCCUCAUCCAAUUGCGAAUGGCAAAUUUGUUCAAACUGAUCGUUUUGGAUCUGUUACACCGAAAUUCAAGCUUAAAUUUUACGAUAAUGAUGUCAUUACGAUUGAGAACUUUAAGAAUAAGAAUCAAUUUGGAUCACGGAUGUUGGCAACCAAACCACUGGGAGAAAUUAAAUAUUCCACAGACGUCAGAAUACCUAAAGUAGAGCUUUUAAAUAAAGAGGAAUUACUUGCUAUCAGAUGGUUUAUUAAAAGCCAGGAAAAUAUUGCUCCAGUGGUUGAAGGCAGUGUAAUUAUUUUGAUGUAUCCGAAUGGAAAGAUAUCUAUGUAUUACGAGAACAUUCCUACACAAUUUGAGCAACAUAACAGUGGAGGAGAAAUGUUCCGUCAAUUCAAUUGUGAAAAGCCUGUUUUACAUCAAUUACUUAUUCCUAAAAAAUGGGCAAUUACUGGAACGUUGGUGGAGUUUGAAGUUAUCGGAACAAACUGUCCGAAAUACAGUACUCCAGAAACAUGCCAAAAUGCAGAAACAAAGAACACAAAAUGCUUUUGGUGUGAGAAGGCUCAAAGAUGUAUUGAAAGUAACGAUUACGAUACUCAUGACUUGAAAGUUAAUGAUUGCCGUGUCGAGAAGAUCUCCGAGGUUAAUGAAUUGAGUACACCAACACCCACUAUUCCAAAUGAAAGCACUUUGAUGAGCACCGAAGUUCAGCUAACUGAAACCGUCAAUGAAAAUGUCGAAGAAACCGGUCAAUCCUCG